GAGAGUGCUAAACAUGCACGGCGACAGCACUCGCGGACCCCAAAACGAACCAAGGUGCCAAGGCAAUUUAGUCGAGUGAAAGACUUCACAGAGUUACAACGUGUGUGUCUCGAUCCUUUGGCGCCGAGCCACUUUUCACAUUAGCAGGUGCACCCUUUAUUACACAGACUCAACCUCCUUCCCCUUUGCUAUUUUAUUUUAUAGCGGAAUAAAAGAAAAAAUAAACGAUCACGAGGAUCGUUCCUGUGCUUGCGAAAGGACUUGGCAAAAAAAAACAGCCACGGAGCGCUGAGGAGAAAAAUUCUCAAAAGAAAUUGUGGUGUUGAUCAUUAAUCAUAAAUAAAGUUGGAGUUAAUUUCCACCCAAGACUUGCACGAGUUUAAGGAGGAACAGGUUUUUUUAUGAGUGUAAAUAUUUUAUUUGCAAUUUUCGCGUAGUUGAUCAAAUAAUCACGAGCAGUACCAAUCCCAGAAAAGUGACAUUUACGAGUUGCACAGUGAUCUAAUAUAUAAAUGGAUUUGAAAGGCCUGUAAGAGCACCAUUUUUUCUUCAAGAGACAUUUCUCAACAUGGAAGAUAACACGGCAUCCACGUCUUCAGCGGAAACUCACACUCUGGAGGCAAACUAUCCAUUCAAAAAUGAAGUGUCCCUCUCCAUUGGCAGUGAAUCAUCCGCAAGCGAAAACACCGCAGCUCCAACGCCAUCACCACGUCAUAACUAUCAAGCUGAAGUAAUUAUUCCACCUCUCGAAGAAGUAGCCCUCACCAAACCAGAUGACACCUACGAUGGAAAAAUUGGUUUAGACAAUCCGGGCUACGAGCACGAACAGCCUAAGCGACCUCUGAGCUCCUUUGGCCAAAAUGGUCUCACAGAAGCCAGCCUCAAUUCGACUAAACCCCAAAAUGGGAAGAGUGUCGAUAAACCUCUGGCAGAAGCCGUCAAUUUAGAAUUAGUGAAUUUGAAUAAGCCUGUAAACGGGCAUGACAAUGGGAUCCCCAUCAAGAAAGACACAGAGGUGGACAUUGGUGAUCCCUACGAUGAAUACUUCGUCCCGGUCAAUGAACACCGAAAAUACAUGAGGGGUGAAAAACUCUAUGUAACAAAAGACAAAAGAAUCAAGAGUCGAUGGAGGAAGUGGCUCUGUUGGGCCAUAGUCUUAGCAUUACUUGUUAGUUUGAUCAUCAUUGGUUUGCUGUCAGCAACUGGUGUGAUCUUCAGUGCAAAACCCACACCAAUAGAAUCAAGGCAGUUUAACAGCAACGAUGUACAAGCAUCCGGAAUUUUAGGUGUCUCAGGAAGUAGAAAAAUGAAUGCAACGGAAUCAACCCCUAUAACAACAUCAAGCACAGCGUCAUCUUCGAUAUUAGUAACAACGGAUGAGAAUAUUAUUUACGUUCCAAAUACGCUUGAGGGCCAAUUGACACUGCAAGAUACAGAAUUUCGAGAUGACUACAGCAACCAUAACAGCACGGCGUACAUGAACUUGGCGCAGAGAAUGGAGAGGUCCAUUAAACAAGCGCUUAAGUCAUAUAUGGCAAAUAAUAAUGAUAUUUACGUAAAAGUUACAAACAUGAAGCCCGGUUCCGUGGUAAUUGACUACAGAGUUGGAUGGAGCAAUAAAAUGCAAUCGGAUAUUUCACCAGCAUGGCUUAGUAGCAGUAUGGCGGACUAUCUUAAGAGAAAUAAUGGUUGGCUGGAUAAUUAUAAAGUUCCAACAAAUACAUUGAGAGCAGCACGUUUACCAGAUACUUGCUUCAUGAAUCCUGGAGAAUAUAAUUGUGAUCAUGAAUGUAAAUUUAAUGAGAAGAUCGUUGAUUUCGUGUGCACUUGUCCUACAAAUAUGGAACUACAAGAAAAUAGAAGAAGUUGCGGGCCAAGAAAGGCUGUUAAAAUUGAUAACGUACAUGCGUACGAAGUAACAGCAACACAAAAUGGUCACGAUCACCACCAUGAUCAUCAUCAUCAUGAUCAUAGCCAUGAUAGUGUUCCAGUAAGCGAACCAGAACCAGCAAGCGAACCUGAGCCAGCAAGUGAACCUGAACCUUCUAGCGAACCUGAACCUUCUAGCGAACCUGAACCUGCAAGCGAACCAGAACCUACAAGCGAACCAGAACCUACAAGCGAACCACAGCCAGCAAGCGAACCGGAACCAGCAAGUGAACCAGAGCCAGCCAGCGAACCAGAACCUGCAAGCGAACCUGAGCCAAAAAGCGAACCUGAGCCAGCAAGUGAACCAGAACCAACAAGCGAACCUGAGCCAGCAAGUGAACCAGAACCAACAAGCGAACCUGAACCAGCAAGUGAACCUGAACCUACAAGCGCACCAGAACCUGCCAGCGAACCUGAACCUAAAAGUGAACCCGAACCUGCCAGCGAACCCGAACCUAAAAGUGAACCAGAGCCUACAAGUGAACCAGAGCCUGCAAGUGAACCAGAACCUACUAGUGAACCAAAACUAGAGAACCAAUCUGAAUUACAGAAUGAUAAAACAAUUUUAGAUAUCCAUUCAACGACUGAAGAAGUUAUGGGACAUAAUAUGGAAUCAUUGGAUAACCAAAAGAAUGCCGAUAUUACUCCAGAAAGCGAACCCGAGCCAACAAGUGAACCAGAACCAUCCAGUGAACCAGAACCAUCAAGCGAACCAGAACCUUCAAGUGAACCAGAACCAUCAAGCGAACCAGAACCUUCAAGUGAACCAGAACCUGCAAGUGAACCAAAACCAGAUGAUGAUAAACCAAUUGUUGAAUUAACUUCAACGACCGAAGCAGCUAUGGAACGAAAUAUUAAUGGCAAAAUGGUUGACGCGGUAACUCCCGAAAGUGAACCAGAGCCUACAAUUCAACCAGAACCAGAGCCUCAGCCUGCAAGUGAAUCAAAACCUUCAACGGAAUCUACUGAAAAUGUUCGUAAUAGCGAUUUACUUUCUACAAGUAUGCCAGAAAGCUCGAGUGAACAUAAUUUUGAAAUUGAAAAGAUGAAUGAUGAAGAUCAGGCAACAAUGAAGUCAGAAUCAGAAACAAAAAAUGAACUCAACGAUAUAGAUACUUUAAAUCAGUCUAAAACUUCCAUUAGUGUUAAAUCACCUAAGCAAUUAGACUACGAUUUCCUAUCUUCUUCAACUGAAAAUCCAGAAGAAGCUCCAUCAUCUGAGACACCUAGAACUCCAGCAGAUAACAUUAUGUUUAUUCAUCAUACAACUGAAGCGUCAAAUGCAGAGGAGUCAAGCAGAACUACGUCUACAGAACAACCGGAGGAACGGCAUGUGCAGUUUAUCGAUCAUAAGACUUUGGAAGCGCUUUUGGAUAGAGACAUAAAUGAUUCAAUGUUCACAACUGAAUCUGACGAAGAUGAAUCAACAAGAAUUACAACACAAUCUGAGGAAGAUGCCAAUGCCCAAGAUAUGGAUGUAACCACUAGUCUAGGUGAGCAAUCUACGGAGAGUAAUGAUGCUACUGAAUCAUUAAGCAAGUCUUCAACUACUGAUUCGUCCGAAAAUCUUGAUGUAACAACCAUAUCUAGUCUAAGCCGAGGUGAUAUUAGUGGUGUAGAUGAAAGUGAUUCGGCGAUUUCUUCGUCGACUAUGGAAAAUCCAAAGAAAGAUACUGAUACCGAUUCUGCGUUGACUGAUCGUCCAGCUCCUGUAACUGAAGACAUCAGUGAUGAUAUUCCUCAGCCAACAGAGACAUACUUCAAAUCACCCCGACUCUAUGAACAAAAGAGCUCGGAUGAGAAGCAAGAGGAGAAUACGUUAAACAUCUUCUCCCCUCGAACUGAAGAUUCAACAGGCACCAAUAAUGAUUCAGAAUCACAGCAGGGUGAUUCCUUGGAGAUGUCUCCUUUUUUGCCUAAUAUUGAAAUGUCUAGUCCAAGAACACCUUCCACAUAUGCCGUCACUGAAAAUGUCUCGGAAGCUGAAACAUUCCAACCAAUUGCAAAUGUUGUAGAUCAAUCGCCUUUCCUUCCAGACAUUGAUAACAAUUCAACUCUUGUACACAAUCUUCACCAAGGGCAUGAUGUGUUUGUUCACAACGACACUGAAGAAGUUGUCAAGGAGGAUAUAAAGCAAAAGCCAAAAACGCCUAGAUUAGACAACGAUGAGAAUCACAAAGAAAAUCCAGUUGAUAGUAAUUUGCAGGGUGAUCACGUUGAUAUGAUCAACAAAACGAAUGCAUCAGAAGAUUUAAAUGAUGCAGUCAUUCCGGUAAUGGAAAUGGAAGCUAGCUCUGCCAAGCCAGUUGAGAUUGAAAACAUGUCAAGUACUCCUGUAGAAUACGAAGAAAAAACUACAGUUGAAGUGGAAGAAUCAACAACAACUCCAGUUAUAGUCAAUGAAAGAACAUCAUCCUCGGAAGAAGCUAGUAGUUCAACGAGAGCUACAACUAAAGUUGAAGAACUAAGUGAUUUCAACUCAGAAAGUACAACGGAGCUCUUUAAAAAUUUCAUUAAUGACGACAAUUCUCUAAAGGCCGAUGAGAAAAUAACAACAACCGCUACAACUGAGAGGCUCAAUGAAAUCUUUGAUCCUGACGAGAAGUUUAGUAAAGACAAAAAUUUCGCUGAAGCAGAAAAUGACUUGAAAGUCAUUCCACUUAUUUCUGGAAAAGGCAUAAAAAAGCCGGACAAGGAUGAGUUCUUGCGAGAAAAGAUAAAACCCAAUGAGAUCGGAGAGGAGACCAUUAUUUCAACGACCGAUCAUUUUUUAGAUGAAGGGACGUUUCAGGCGACUAGCGAGUCGACUGGAACGUCCAAAGCUUCGGAUAAAAAUACCCAAGUUGAAGUGAUGACGGACGAAGACAACAAAAUGUCCAAAAGCUUGGACACCGAACAAAUGGUGAUGUUUUCUCAGUGCACAUCUGGGCAGUUUGAGUGCAUGAAUGGUACUUCCAUUGAGAAUGGAUCACCGUGUAUUAGUAAAACCGAAAGGUGCGACGCCAUUUCCCAUUGUACAGAUGGAUCAGAUGAGAUGGAUUGUGAGAGAUUGGGCUGCCCUGGGCAUUUUCAGUGUAGCGAUGGUCCCUGCCUAUCCCGCCACUUAGUCUGUGAUGGAAUUGCUCACUGCAACGACAGCAGCGAUGAGAAAAACUGCUCAGAGUGGCAGUGUAGAUUUGACGAGAUCUCCUGUGAUGCCUCAGGAAAAGGUCCGUGCAUCCCAACGCAAUGGGGAUGUGAUGGACUUCAAAACUGCGCAAAUGGACGAGAUGAAACAAACUGCUUGGACACGUGCAGUAACAAAGAAUUCUACUGCACUGUACAAAAGAGAUGUAUUCCCGAAGCAUGGAGAUGCGAUGGGAAAGUAGACUGUUCAGAAAGCGAAGACGAACGCCUUUGCGACUGUGGACCUAAUGAAUUUAAAUGCACAACUGGAGGCUGCAUACCUGCAACAAAUGUCUGCAGCGGUCUACCUCAGUGUCCUGAUUUGUCAGAUGAAUGGGAUUGCCUGAAGAUCCUAGCCAAUGACUCCAGCGCAGAAGCAACCAAUUUAGUUGGCGUACGAAAGGGUGUAGGAAAGUAUCACUAUAUCUGUGCAGAUAGUUGGUCAGAUCGACAUUCAGAGGAAAUGUGCAUCAAACUGGGCUACGCAAACUACUCUGCGUGGACUAAAACGGCCCUUAGUGAGUCACCAAGUCCCAUCUAUGCUCUCACUGAGGUUGCCAAUGCUUCGCUCUUGGAAAAAAUUGUAGAGACAGAUGCCUGCACCGGGGGCUUCGUAUCGCUAACUUGCGAGGAAUUCACAUGUGGAAAUCGCAAUGGCGAAGCGAAGAAUUCGGACGAGUUAAAUGAUGAAAAAUUCAUCGAAGCCAGUGUGCUCUCGAGCGUGGCUCUAGCAUUUAGUGAAUCAUCCAAUUUGGUUUGUUCAGCAACAAUCGUUGCCCCACGAUGGGUGCUCUCGAGCUACUCCUGCAUUAUUGGGCGGACAGAAUUGGUUGAUGGGAGAAAUUCAGCAGUAGACUGGAAAAUAUUUGCCGGUGAUCGACAUUUUACGCGACAAUUGAAUGAUUCAACACGAAGUGUAGCAGUGAAGAACAUUUACACCUAUCCUCAGGCAAAAUUCAAGCAGUUCUUAUACUCGGGCGACAUUGCUCUUUUAGAAUUAGAGGAUUCUCUCCACAAAGAGUCAAAGCACGAGACUUCCUGUCUUUCAGUACAGCCUCCAUCGUCAAUUAGUGCAGAAAUGUCCUGUAUAACUGCCGAAUGGGAUGCAAAUAUCUCAGACGAAAACGGCAGAGAUCGUCAACUUAAUUAUCUAAAAGCCACAAUGAUAACGACUGAUGAAUGCAAUUCAACAAGCAAUUUUGCUGGAAGUCUUCCUGAUAGUUCCAUUUGUGCCAAUCAGGAUCAAAUGGGGUGCAAGAGAGAAGCAACACCACUGAUGUGCUUGGAAAAAUCAACCAAGUCUGAAGAGAUGGAGUGGGUGCUGAGGGGAAUUCUGAGUUACCACGGAAAUUGUGGCCAGCGUCAGCAACCAAAAGUUUUUACGUCAAUCACACCCGAAAUCCGAAAUUGGAUUGCAAAAACAAUAGGAAAUAAUUUAUUCUAUUGAAUUAUUUUUGUGAGAUAAAAAAAAACAAACAUAAUGCAAUAUGUAAAGCAUGAAAAGUGCUAUUUAGGGGAGUCACACUGUGCAGCAUUCAGAACGAUACCUAGUCACAAAAUUGUAUUUGUGCCAACUGAACGAUGACCAAGUGUGGAGAAUGUCGACAGGAUAAUUUUUAAAAGUUCUUUUUUUUUAAGAUUCUUAAUGAAAAUUCAAUUUAUAAAUUGUUUUCUGAAUGCAUUGUCAGUCAAUUAGGAAGAUUUAUAUUAUUUUUUCUUUUAGGUAUUUCAAGGAUUCACUUGUUGAAAAAAAAUAUUUUCUUUUAGUUUUGUCAACCAAGGACAUUGCAAUUUUCCAAAUUAAAUUUAUUUUUCAUGUGAAUCCCUUUAAAUUUAUAAUUAAAAAAUGGACCAAGUCGUAUUGUCCAAUAAAAAAAGGAAUAUAGUUUUUUUUUAAGAGAAAGAAAGAGAAAAAUGUUAAGGGAAAUCUUCUCGAUGUUUUUAACUAAGGCUGUAAAUAUAAUACAAGAAACUAAUAUCUCUAUAAUAAUUAUCCAUGUAUUCUGGUAGCGAAAGAAAAGAUAUUUUCGAUUAUUUUUAUGGAUUUUUUUCUAGAUACUUUAAUUUUAUAGAAUUCUCAACAUAUUCCAUCUACAUUAAGCAAAACAUUAUUGAAAAUGUAAAGUAAGUAUAUAUAUUAGCUCUAUGUAAAUGUGUUUUGAAUCGUAUAUUAUGUAUUGUUAAAAAAAUGAUAAAUAGCUGUAAAUAAGGGAAAAUAAUAAUUUUGAAUAAAAAAAAACUUGCGAAUCACA